AGAAGGCGUCCGGCAGAAGUUGCUCAGCUGAAGGUGGAAACGUACAAGUCUAUUGAUCUCAAUAUCAGAGAAAAUGAAUUUGAAAACUGUCUGACAGAAACCGAAAAGAUCCUUUCCAAAUCAUGCAGCCGGAUUAUUAUUAGAGGCAAAAGAGGUCGUGGAGUCCCCAUUUUGAUAUCGCCAAAAAUGAAAGAACACUUUCAGUUCCUAGUCAAUGUGAGAGAUAAUUUUGUGGAGAAUAAUGAUUAUAUAUUCCACACCUAUGGGAAAUCUUUCGUUGUCGGCUGCGUAAACAUUUAGCCACUGUUACCCAGCUACUACAAUUUUCAGAGAGUGAUAUGGAACAACUAUCAAAAUUCAUGGGACAUACCCUAAAAACCCAUUGCGACUUUUACAGGUUGUCAGACAGCUUAUUCCAAACAGCCAAAAUUUCUAAACUCCUUCUCCUUGCAACAGAGGGUGGUUUAGAGAAAUAUAAAGGAAUGCCUUUAGAUGAAAUAAGCAUCGAUUUAAGUCCAAUUUCUGAGGACUGCGAUCUAGAAGAUGUACUCCUGUCUGGAAACAGUGAGCAAUCUAUCUCGACUUCAAAAGGAACAGAGAUACAGAAACCAAAAAUGCCCGUUAAGAAACAGUCAUGGACUCAUGAACAGAAAAAGGUUAUAUCCGAGUAUUUUGCAGAACAUAUAAUAAAAAACGAGCUCCUAAGCAAAUGGAAGUAAUCAAUUUUGUACAAGAGUAUCCUGAAUUUGAAGACCGAAAGUGGUCAUCCAUUAAAGCUGUUGUUUACAACAUGUAUACAGGUAAACUUUUAUGCAACAUGUCUGAAAAUCUGUAACGCAAAUUAAGCAAAAAAUUUGACGAUUUUUCAUUUUUUUAUGAAGC